CAGCAUCACCAUCGAAGAGAGAGAAAAACAACAACCACAGAAUACGUCGAUGUGGAUGAUGCUUUAGACCACAUAACUGUCCAUUUCAAGAUACAAAAGUUACACAACGAUACCGAAUGCUGAGCGAUAGUAAUGACAAAUAUUAGAGCUUAAUCUUCACUACCAACUAAUAAUGUAAGACUUGCUGUGAUCUGCUGCGUUGCUCGCAUUAUGGUACCGUAUGCAAAAUAAGCAACGAGGAUAGCCCCUGCAUUUCCUGGCAUUUGACUGAUAGCUUGAUUAUUUAAACUUGCUUCAUGUGAUCAUCCGUCUCUUCGUUGCUCUGGAAUGCAUCUCUCCAAGAAAUGCUCCUUCUUCAAAGUGGUGCUCGUUGCCCUUCUCAUCGUGGCGCUCCUGCAGCUCUUCUACCUAUCGUUCUUAUCCAAGUUUCACGGUAAGCAGCAACGCUAUCGUUAUUCCGAGCUUUUCGGAGGAACUGGCAAGAAAAAUGCCCACACCGAAAAAAACUCUAGAAAAGAGCAUAUGCGAUAUUCCCUGUCCACGGGGGGGAUGUUUGACAGCAGUGGGCAGUAUCGUGUGUACAGGAAUCUCAUCAAAAGUGACUUUACAUCGAAUCAAGCGCUUGGUUCAGAAGGCCGGUCAAACGUCCUGACAUUGUGCACGCACACCACCAUCAACAACCUGUAUCACUUAGAAUCCCUCGUUCAAAGGUGGCAAAACCCACUCUCUGUGGCCAUCUUUGCGCACGGGCAAGAUGUCAAGUUCGCCACAGCGCUGGUCUACGCCCUCAGCUUCUUCUGCCCUCAGAUCCAAGCGCUGGUGGACUUCCACUUGGUGUGUCUCUCCGGGGAGUACGCCAGUUUCCCAGAGCACGACCGCGAGCACUUGUCGGGCCUGGAGGACUGCGCCUCGGUGUUCUCGCGCCUCGAGACACACCGCGACAAGUACAAAAACUACGCCAUCCACGGGAACGUCUCUUACCCCAACAACCUCCUGCGCAACGUGGCCCGCAGCGGCACGGAGGCGUCCUACGUGCUCGUGAUCGACGUCGACAUGGCGCCCAGCACGGACCUCCACCCGCAGUUCCUUGCGAUGAUCGCGCGGCGUCCGCCGGCCGGCGACGAGGUGUUCGUUCUUCCCGCGUUCGAGAUCCGACACGUGCGGAAGCUGCCCGCCUCCAAGCCGGAGCUGGUGCAGCUGUACCAGGUGGGCGAGGUGCGGCCGUUCUAUGAGGAGCUGUGCCCGCGCUGCCAGGCGCCCACCAACUACUCGCAGUGGGUCAACAACCACGCCCGGGACGCGGGGCCGCUGGACGUGGCCUACACGCUGGCCUGGGUGGACCCCUGGGAGCCCUUCUACAUCGGGCCGAGCGCCGUGCCCCUGUACGACGAGGCCUUCAAGCAGUACGGCUUCAACCGCAUCAGCCAGGCCUGUGAGCUCCACGUGGCGGGCUACAGGUUCUCGGUGCUGACGUCAGCCUUCGUGGUGCACCGGGGCUUCAAGGUGCAGGGUGAGUUCCACGCCAAGAAGGACGAGGAGAACAAGCACAACCGGGUGCUCUUCCGUAACUUCAAGGCGGCCCUCAAGACCAAGUACCUGAGCUCCAACCGCCACUGCUAGGGGGAAGGCCAGACGCUUCCUACGUACGGUGUGCGUUUGGGUACAAACUCUGCUCGAUGCAAUGUGAUGUUUUGAGGGUUUUUUUGGUGGGUGAAAGGACUUUAUAGAUUUUUUGAGCGGAUGUAGCACGAAUGGGGUUCUUUGACUUGACCAAUGAGACGACACUCAAAAGGCCAUGUAAUGUGCUGUUUUGUCGGAUCUAUGUAAUUAACUGUGCCGUUUUGGUCACCGUCCGACUUAAAACGCAAAAAAUGACACUCAAAUCCAAAGUAGACACUACAUAGAUGCUGACAUGUUGUUUGAGGCCAUUUUGUCGACUAAAAGUGAAAGGUUCACUUAAUUAAUAAUUUCUUGAUAAGCUAGAAAUAUCCAUUGAUCGGUUGGUUAUCUGCAAUAAUUGAAUUACAGUGCUCUAGAGCAAGACAAAAAAAAAACACACACAAGAAGAGGGUGUCUUUGUAUGCCUCUGUAUGUUUUGAGCAAUCUGCAAAUAAAACACAAUUUUAUAAAAACCUCAAAAACCA